ACCAGGCGGUGAUACAGCCCGACAGGAUGCUCUCAAUUGUGCAUCUGUAAAAGUUUGUGAGUGCUUUUGGUGACAAGCCAAAUUUCUUCAGCCUCCUGAGGUUGAAGAGGCGCUGCUGCACCUUCUUCACCACGCUGUCUGUGUGGUGGUUAUUUUCCUGGUUACCUGGAUGGCUUCCUGGACUGGAGGGACCGAGCGGGACUCCGGUCAGUUGACACCUAAAUGAAGUUCAAUAUGUCCACUCUUUUACUUAUUAACCUAUAUUUACUUUGAAAGGCUUUUUCUGAAUGUCCUUGUUAAUGAUUCCUCUAGGUCCAUGUGCUGUUCCUGUAUGUAUAAAUCACUGACUUUAAAUGAUUAUUCAAUAUUCAUAUUUCCAGGGAAUACCUGGGUUAACAAGUGUAAAAGGAGAGAAGGUCAGUUUAAUAGUAAAUACUCUGUUCCAUUAGUCUGUCUAACGGUGUGUGUGUGUGUGUGUGUGUGUGUGUGUGUGUGUGUGUGUGUGUGUGUGUGUGUGUGUGUCUGCCUGGAUGUUUUGGUGCUGUCCAGGGUGCUGACUGUUCACAUUACUGCACUAACAAUAUAGUAACAAUGUGAUAGCGGCUAUUGAGUGAUGUCCCUGUUCAGUUCCUGACUUUUAGAGGAGUGUGUUGCACUAUUUACAGUAUAACAGCUUUAUUUAUUUUUUCAGGGUCAGGAAGGUCCAAGCCCUGUAAUUCCAGGCCCAACCUACCUGUGUCAUACCCAUCUUUUCCACUGUCACAUGCAGUAUAACUUUCUUGCAUAUUAUCCUGCCUCAGUAUAGUUUGUUCUGGAUGCAUGUAGUGUAUAUAAUGUACAAUAUAUUGUGACAGCAUUUAAAUGUUUUGUUCUCAGGGUGACCAAGGCCCUCCCGGGAUACCUGGACAGAAGGGCAUAAAGCUGUAUGCAGAGGGUCCCAAGGAGCUGAAGGGGGAGCCAGGUGAUACAGGAGAGAGGGGUGUACUGGCCAGCAUGGGAAACCUGGGAAAGAUGGGAUGCCUGGGACCUACACAUAUCCAGACAACUAUGAUAACUUGCCGAGAUGGUGCUCCUGGGUCCAAAGAAUUUCGAGGAGUCAAAGGUCUUGGAGGUCCAGCAGGUCUACAGGGUUCCUAUGGUUUACCAGGUAUACCAGGCUCUACAUGGCCCAAGGGGGAGAAAGGUCCCAUGUCCCCAGGAGACUGUGGACUCACCUGGGGAUCCAGGAGUUCCUGGGACUGAAGGGGUCCCUGGAUACCUAGGACUGAAAGGCCAACCUGGGCUAAAGGGCAACCCUGGACCUCCGGGGCUCAGAGGUGAUCGGGGGGAUGCUGGCUCUCAGGGUGUGCGUGGAUGGACAGGCCAGAUGUGGACUCAGGGUGUGGCGCCCCAAGGGGGGUAACCUGGGGUUGCAAGGCCUGCGAGGGAGCCCUGGGGAUCAAGGUAUCCAAGGUGAGCAGGGGACUCCGGGAUCCAGAGGCUCCCAAGGCCCUCCAGGUCCCUACCUGGCCGGGCCAAUAGAGGACGGCUUCCUAUUCACCCGUCACAGCCAGAGGCAGAACGUGCCACAGUGCCCAGGGGGCAGCAACCUCAUCAACUCCGGAUACUCCCUCCUGUUCAUCAACGGCAACAACAGAGGCCAUGGCCAGAAUCUGGGUACACUGGGGAGCUGUCAGCCUCGCUUCUCUACCAUGCCCUUCUUAUUCUGCAACACGGACAGCACGAGCCGCUAAGCCUCCUGCAAAGACUACUCCUACCGGCUGUCCACGGAUGAGGCCAUGCAUCGCUUGCAAACAGGGGCUGGAGCGGAGGGCUCUGGCCAGCCGCUGGCCUCUUCGUGGUCCUGCCUAGAAGAGUUCCGGAAGAUUCCCUUCAUUGAGUGCCAUGGGCGAGGGACUUGCAACUACUACACUGACUCCUACAGCUACUGGCUGGCCUUGUUGGACCCCAAAAACAUGUUCAGUCCUCUCCUCACCUCAUGCUGACGUUUUCAGUAAGCGAUAGACAGAAGGAGAGUGCACAAGGAAACAAGGAAAGACUAUUGAGACGCAACCCGGUAGUGGCCUCUGCUUAAUCUGACGUUUUGUUCUCAGUUUUCCUGUUUGUUUGUUUGUAUUUUGUUUUUAUUAUUAAAUGACUGGACUGUUUUAUGGCGGAUGGUCAGUGUGAUCCAGGACUAGAUUCAAUCAGUUCAGCAUUAAGUCGUGAUAACCGACAGCUGCAGAGCAUAAUCAUGCGUUGGAGCCGAUGGCGCAUUCGAAUAAAUAUUUUUUUCAUAUAUGUCAAACAGUUAAUAUGUUGACACAUUUGCUAGAAAAUCUGAGAUCUUAGGUUUGAGCCUUGGUUUGGGACGAAUCAGGAAGAAGUGGUUCUCGCUAAGCAAGCAUUGUGACGUCCGUAACAGUGGUGCCAUGACCCUGAUGAGCAGUUGGGCUCAGGUCAACAUCUGGGAUCACUUGCUUUGAAGCGAGUUUAGAAGGGGUGAGUGUAACAGAGUUAAUAACAUACCAUAAGCUCACUCCACAGCUAGCGUGAAAUGUAUCCGAAGGAGCAAUUGAAUUAGAUAUUUUUCAGUAGCUAAAAAAAAAAAACGGUUGGUAUGUCAAGGAAGACGGUCACGUGUGUUAGCAAGGCAGAGGUCCUAGGUUCAGUGUGAGCCCGAAUCAGGAGGAAGUGGUUCUCGCUAGCAGGCAGGCUGACCUCUGUGACAUGGGCUAUAUAUAAAUAAUGACACUCAAUAAUCAUUAAACAAAAUAAUAAGGAUUUAUAUCAGCCUAAUCGAGGUCUAGAUUCUCACAUUCCCAUGUUUGAACUUGUAACACUGCAUGGGAUUUCUACUAAUGCGACUUGGUGUAUAAAGCCAGGAGUAGCUUGUGGAUUUUACAUAUCCAAUGCAGUUACACCUCCGACACCGCCCUAAAUAAAAUAAAUGAUAUCCUAUGCAGUUGUUGGUUAUCGCGGGUUAACGCUGAACUGAUUGAAUCUAGGACUCAGUCUUUUUGAUACAUUUGAAUGGGAACUUAACUGCCUGACAAAGUGUCUGACUGCCUGAUGACUCUUGUUGGAUGCUAUGUAAUAAGGAGAGGGAGGAAUGCUCUUCACACUGAAAAAAAAAACUGUCUGACUCAAAAGUCUAAAAUAAUACUAAAUGUAUUGUGCAAAAGUAAAAAAUGCACACACAAAAAACUGGUGAUCUAAAAUAAUGCAAAAUUCAUGGUGCAAAAGUGAAACAUGCUUUUAAAAAGAGUGAUCAUGUUUUGCACCUUUCACUCUCACAUUUUGUCAAAUAAAAAUAGGAAUUUCCCACUGAAUCCAGAGAUGUUUUGCAGUCUGCAUGGCCUCUCCUUCUCCUUACUGCUACUGCUGCUCUAUUACCUACAGCAUGCUGACUGAACUAAUUUUGCCUGGGCAGAAUCACAUUUUUCUCAUUACUGGAUACACAUUUGAAUAAAAAGUUAAGAUUGAAUUCCACCACUUUUAAACCUCAUAUUCAUUAUCUCCAGCACCAUACCAGUCUACAUACUGUAUGUGCAAAUGGUCUGUAGUUAAAAAGAUAAGAAGAAACAGUCCUAAGAAUGCGCCACAUGAUGUCAUCAACAUUAAAACUGAAAAUGGUGCUGGAGAUAAAGAAUACAAGUUUAAAAAGUUGUGGAAUUCCACUUUAACUGCCUGUCUAGUUACCUGAUGGCCUGUCUGUUUGUUGUAUGUUAUGUUGUCUAUUGUGUGCUAAGAGUAUGAUAGCAAUCUGGUAGAAGAUUGGUACCUUAUUGGGAGUACAUCAGUUACAGAUCAGCUGUUAACGCCAGACAGCUGAAAUAGGAUGAGUUUUGUUAUCAGCAAUUGAGUUUGGAGGGAAAAGCGUGAACAUUUCACUUAAAGCCAGCGAGUGUAAUGCAUUAUGAUGCAUUAAUAAUGCACUGCCUUUAAAAUGUGAUACCCUUACAAUAUCUUUGUAGCAUCUCAGAGUGAUCCUGAGUUAUUAACAAUAUUUUUGAGUCACAUAGAAAGAUUUACCAGAUGUAUGUGUAUAAAAGAUUGCGAGCCAAUACAUGCUUAUAACAAGUCAUUAUGCAUUACACCGACAUAAGUAAAGUGUUACCAAAAAAUAAUUUAGCAAAGAAACAUGUCGCUCAUAUCACUAAAUUUAUUUUCAUUAAAAUGUCUUAGUAACUUUAUCUUAGAUUUGUAAACACUGUAGUUGGUUGAAUACUGCUGUAUACCCACAAUGGACAUAUAGCAAUGAUGUUGUAAUAAUCACUUUGUCAGGGAGAUAUUGAAUAAUAUGAUUAAGCAUGCUCUCAACUUGGCCCUUUAAAUAGAGCUUUAGUGUAGUAUUUAUAUGGAGAGAUAAAGUUAUCAUAAUUUCACUGUCCAUUGGCGUGUUGAAUUAACUCCCAUUUUGAAUCUGUGUAUUCUUUCCAAUGGAACCAUAGCCACUGUGUUGAUCACAUUUAAUACCAAAGUGAGUAGGCUAUGCAUUUCCCAUUUAUCUGUACAAUAAUAUCACCUUGAUUUCCUUAUUGCUUUCCAAUGUUGUGCCUUGCCUGCACCCUUUUUAACUGACAUCCUUGCUUUUCAAACCAAAUAUUGUACUAUACUUCUGAGAAAUACCCAGAAAAUUGUUGUCUGUAUGGAUACUGUUGCACUUAACUCUUGUAUAACCGAUGCACUUCAACAUUGUGUUUCGAUGCUCAUUUCUGUGUGAAUUCCUUCACUCCCUAAUGGUAAUGUCAUUCAUGUGCAAAUUGUAUUCUAUAGCUUGAGUUCGUUUAGAGAUGUAUUUAAAAGAAGAGACUGUUGUCAGCCUCGAGUUUAAUGGUUUUCUGUUCCAGGAAGUGCUAAAUUAACUUAAAACCUGUUAGGACUAGGGGGCAGUAUUGACACGGCUGGAUAAAAAACAUACCCGAUUUAAUCUGGUUACCACUCCUACCCAGUAACUAGAAUAUGCAUAUACUUAUUACAUAUGGAUAGA